AGCGGUAUCUGUGAACUACCAAUUCUUUUGCUUCUUUUUGUUCCUUUCUCCGUUUUACGCUACCUGGACGUUGCUGAGAUGUCUCCAGGCGCAAAUGGGAAUGUCGAUGACGAGGAUUUGGAUUACAUCACCUCAGACGACAUUGCUCUUUUUCGUCGGACGCUAUUGGCUCGGCGUUUCCCCGGCCUUCAGAAAAUGUCAGACGCGGAUCUUAUUGCACUAAUACGCGCUGAGCGAAAAGCGACUGGGCGGAAGCUUGUUCCCGAAGUCCGAUUGCACCCCAAAACGACUUUCACACCACCACCGCCCAAGCGGGAGCAGCCCGCUCCCCGGGUCACACCGUUUGUACCCUCCAAUCCGUUUCAAGCAAGGGAGCAGGCGUCCCGCUCCAAUGCCGAGCGCUUCACUGGCGUUGACACGCCCUAUGAGGCGCACCGAGACGACUUCAACGAGGGCAGGACAACUGAUGAGAAGCGCCGAGUGGCUCCUUUCGUACCGUCCUGCGCGUCACAGGCCCGGGACGCCAUCCAGAUCAAGUACUUCCUGAACAGCCCCCAGGAGGCGGCUCCCCUAGCCCAGGGGCUCACGCAGCAACAGCCGCGGCCAUGCGGGCCCACGUCAGGUCGGGCAGGGACCGCAACGCAGGGCCAAGGAAGUUGAGGAAGCAGCCCGAGCCUUCAAAAACUGCCGAGAUGUAUUUAAGUUGGUGGCUGCUUCGGGCGCAUGCUAUGCGUCAUGUAAGCGUGGCGAGCACUUUGCAAGGAUAGGGGGUUGCAUGGUUUGCGGCUAGCAGGAUUGCAUCCACGUAAACCGCCUCUCAAGUCUGAUAGCUGGGUUAAUUUAACCUGUGGCGUAACCUGGUAAAUUCUUGCGACCCGGUCAAUGCAUUGUGGUGUACGGCGCUGUGUGGACAGGUUUGCUGCAGGGCAGCUAUUUUUGAUUGGCACCGCAGGGUUAGAUCUAAGCCACACCUUUGGCUGCGAGCCUUGUUCUAUAUGUAUAGGCAGGUUGGUCAGUGUGCAGUGAUGUGCACGGUGGUGUGCAAAUGUCAAAUACAUCUGGGCAACAUGCGGUUGGUCGUGUAAUCGCUGCGCAGGUUGGCCAUUUGUCCAUAGUACCUAAGGCGUUAAAGACGUGCCAUGUGUUUGUCAAUCCUUUCGAGAGGGAGGAUGCGCCGAAUGCGGUAGGAGAGGCUGACCAUGUUUUCCCGGGUUAGCGCAAUUCUUACACUUGUACCUCAAAGGCAAGAGUAGGCAAUUCAUAUGCUUUUUUAUCCACCCCGUGGCUUUGCUCUGCGGAACUUACCUUCAUGAUUUAUCUCCCCGUGAUGUACGUAAGGUUUUGCAUUUCCACCAUGUGGGCGUAGGAUCGUGGCCUCACUAUUACCAAAGCAUAGCUUCCGAUUGCGGGUUUUGUUACAACCUCGGUUGGGAAUCCAUGUUGCCUCGGUUUCCUUGUAACGCUGGGGCAUAAAGGAGCCCGGC